AUGGGGUAUUAUCUUGCAGACGGUAUUUAUCCUUCAUGGGCAACAAUUGUGAAGAGCAUUCAGAUGCCGCAGGGGAAUAAGAGAAAAUAUUUUGCAAAAGCCCAAGAAGCCGAUAGGAAGGAUGUUGAACAAGCAUUUGGUGUUUUACAGUCUCGCUUUGCUAUUGUUCGUGGAUCGGCUCGUUUUUGGGAUACAAAAACUCUGGGUCAAAUCAUGAGAGCUUGUAUAAUAAUGAAUAACAUGAUUGUGGAGGAUGAGCGAGAUGAUGAUUUUGAUUUAGAUUAUGAUGAGAUGGGAGAACAGGUGAGAGCUUCACAUGAAAGAACGGAUGAUUUUGAUGAGUACAUUCGCAAGUACAGUGAAAUUAAAGACAAAACAACUCACUUUCAGCUUUAA